AUGUUAACAACUAUUAAUUUGAAAAUCAAUAACUAAGUGCUGGAGUUCGUCCUAAAUAAAGGAGAUAUCUUAUGGAAGAAGGUUGAAUGCUUUUGCAUUGAAAACAAUUUACAAAGACAUUAAGACCAAAUUUUUAAUCUGAUUUACGAUGAAUUCUAGAAGACUGAAAAAUAAGAAACAAAACCCUAGUCAACAUUUAAAGCACUCAAUCCUUCCAGAUAGAUACUACAGCAAUAGGAUAAAAAGGACAAAAUCCACAAAUAAUAAGAAAAUAGAAGCAUUAGUCCUUCGGCUAAAAUUCUCACUCCAAAAAAGUCUUCUCAUCAGAAAUAACAAGUGUCUCAUUUCCAAAAAAAUCAAUCUGUAUAUUAACAUUUAAGAGAAGAUAUGCAAUCUGAACAAACACCAAAUUAUAUCGAGUAUCAUAAGGAAAAUUGUUAUGUGAGAGAAACCUAAUAGGAUAAGGUGGAUAAUACUUUAAUCACAAAUAUUGGAAAAUUUGAUAAUCUGAUAAAGGCUGUGUAUAAACAAAUCGAAAAUAUUUCAAUUGACAGUACUAUUUAACCUAUUUGCAUAUAAUUAUAUAAUCGGUUAUUGAGCACACAAGAAAAGAGAAAGUCAUUAAAGUUAAAUAUGAUUAACUAUAAUCUUUUGGAAGAUAAGGAAAUUUAUGUUUUGGAAUAGAUUGUCCAAAAAUACUCUUUAUCCUUAGCCAUUGAAAUGAGCAAAACUCAAUUUGUAAUUUUAAUGAUAGGCUUGAUUGUUUCAGGUGAAGACUAAAAGAAAUAAAAUGGAGUUAAGGUAAGAGAUCUAAUAAACUUCAAUCCUUCCUUAACUCCACAUUAUCAACUAUAUUGUUGA